UUCAAUGGAAUGCUCAUAUCCUCUUUCAAUAUAACUUUGUGCGCUUGAUAACCAUUCAGGUCUGUUCACUGCAAAUUUGUAGAGCAUACAGCCAGCGUCAGUCCAGUGUUAGCAGGGAAAGGAGGCUUCUGUUGUUGGUUUCCCUUGUUUUCCGUCAAGGCUCUCUGGUAAAGUGUUUUCUCUUCAUCGCAGAUUUAAGCUGCAAGCAACAUAGUGUACAUGUACGUCAAGGAUCCAGCUUGAUAAGCUUCCUUCCUAGUCUUCAACCGCUCUUUUACAUACUCCUCUUUCACCCAAUUUAUGGCAAUUUAUAGGAGAGGAUCAUGCAAGCUAUACAGGUUAGUGAAAAGAACGAUCUUUUCCAUCCUUUGGAUCACCAAAAUGGAUCUUUUCCGGAGUUGGAGGUGGUAGUGGGGUCUGAGGAGCACUUCCUGUUGCAGCAGCCUGAGUGCUGAAGCAUAAUUUGGUCUCCAGGCGUCGUAACGGCGCGAAUGGAUCAGCCGGUCACACCAUGAGAAGCGGGGCAGGGAGAGAUGGGAAUCGCAAGGUUUACGGGAUGGUGGCGCGGCCUGGGAUCACGCGUGGCGGUGACCCUGUGGAAGCCGAGGAAUAAGGGUUUCCACUUCAGUCGGACCGGGCCCGGCCUCCUUGGGGUCGGCCAACUUUGCGGCCUAUUUAGAUGUUUGUUUUCCGAGGUUAGCCUUUUGAUGAACGGACCAUAAAGCACUCGAUGCCGCCCGCGGACGAAGCGGAGAGGUGGAAGUGGGAAAACGCCGCCGCCGGCGCCGUCGCAGGGUUCGCCACAGUCGCCGCCCUCCAUCCCCUCGACGUUGUCCGUACUCGCUUUCAAGUUACCGAUGGACGAGCUUCGCAUCUUCCGCUCUACAGGAACACCGCGCACGCUAUUUAUACUAUUGCUAGAACCGAGGGCUUCAAAGGGCUAUAUUCAGGUUUUUAUCCAGCAGUCUUUGGAUCUACCAUUUCGUGGGGCCUCUACUUCUUCUUCUAUAGCAGAGCAAAACAAAGGUACUUAACAAGGAACAAUGAGCAGCUCAGCCCCAGCUAUCAUCUUCUCUCUGCAGCUGAAGCUGGUGUUUUGGUAUCCUUGUUUACCAAUCCUAUUUGGCUUGUAAAAACCCGAAUGCAGCUCCAAACACCUCACCAAGAUUAUCGGCCAUAUUCUGGACUGUAUGAUGCUUUGAGGACCAUUUUAAAAGAGGAAGGAUGGAAGGGACUUUAUAGAGGGAUUGGACCGAGUCUUCUGCUUGUUACUCAUGGUGCAAUCCAAUUUACUGCUUAUGAGGAGCUCCGUAAACUUGCUACUUACAUGAAGGGCAAAGGUGGAAAGGCAAAAAUUACUGAAGGUGAUACCCUACUGAACUCAUUUGAUUAUGCUGCUCUUGGAGCUUCCUCAAAAUCGUUUGCCAUUCUAUUCACAUAUCCAUAUCAGGUUGUUCGAUCACGCUUACAGCAAAGACCUAAUAUUGAUGGAAUCCCCAAAUAUUUGGAUAGUUGGCACGUGGUGAAAGAUACUGCAAGGUUCGAAGGGCUUGGAGGAUUUUACAGAGGCAUCACAUCCAACAUAUUGAAAAAUAUCCCAGCAUCUUCCAUAACCUUUGUGGUGUAUGAAAAUGUUCUUCACAUUCUUAAAUUAAACAGACGGCAGAGCUGAUCCAUCUAAUUCCAUUUUUUUCUCUGUGAUUUCCUUGUUACUUUUUUCUAUUUACUUUCUUCCAUUUUCAGUGUUUCAAUUCCCAAUUAUGCACAUACUGCACAAUUUUUUUCUAUCAAAUAUUAAUUCCUAUGAAUUGAAUUCACUGUAAUGACUGCUUCA